AUGACGUUCCCAAGCCAAGCCUCGAACUAUGCAUUUAUCGUGUUUAGUUUCAUUGGAUUCGUUUUGAUCAGUAUCCUGCUACCAAUGCAUAUACGAGUGAGGAAUACUGGGACGUGCAUGUACAUAGUGUGGACCAGCAUAGUUUGUCUUUUCACUGCCGUGAACGCAGUCAUAUGGAAUCGUAACUAUGUAAACUGGUCACCAGUUUGGUGUGAUAUAUCAUCCCGUGUCAUCAUGGCCGCAGGCUGGGGAAACGAAGUGGCUUUACUGUGUAUUGUCCGCCGCUUGUAUCGCAUUAUCACAAUGAAGGCUGUGAAACAGAGUUUUCAUGAGGUAGCCAUUGAUUUCGAGAUCCUUGAAGACAUAGGAUGCUUUCCCGCCGUAAUUUUGACAGCUCCAGCUAUCCCAAUCUUUAUCAUGUGGCCCGCUGUCUUUGGACUAGUGACUGCCAUUUAUGCUGGCCUUACCAUCUAUGCUACGAUCAAACAAAAAGCAUAUAGAAAAGAAGUCUUGGAAAGCCAUCAAGCCUUGCAAUUCGGUCAUUACUGGCGCCUUCUAGCUCUUACCGGUAUCGGCAUCAUAUGUACCCUCCCAUAUGGAAUACUGUCCCUCGUUGCCAAUCUUGUUGGUGGACCUCUUCAGCCUUUCAAUUGGGAUGUUUUUCAUGCUGGCUUUUCUGAGGUGUCACAGACUCCCGCAUCCCUUUGGGCAAGCGACCCUCUAGGCGAAUAUGGCUUGGAGAUUAAUCGUUGGUCACCCGUGUUCAAUGCUCUCAUGUUCUUUGCCUUUUUCGGGUUUACGAAGGAUGCUAGAGCAGAUUAUCGUCAUGCUUGGUUUUUCAUCAUUCAUCCCCUAAGCUUCUGUUCGUCAGAUACGGAUGAUAAGACUUCCAGAAAGCUAUCUCUGCCUACUCAUGUUGCCAGGCGCAAGCGCACCCCACACGCACCAGCCCAGUCUGAAACUUUCGUAGGCUCGCUUCGCUUCGUGCCCUAUACCGAAUCCAGCCAAGAAAUGGCGUCCACCUCGCAAUCAUCGCGUUCCCGGCCCCCAUCUCUCCCUUCCAGUCCGUCUUUGUCUGCCAUGGAGCCAUGGAGUAGUCAGGCGCACGAGUUGAAUGAUCAUGACGGAUCCUUUUCAGUCUCUGAGAGCAAAGGAGUUUUGGAUAUGGAGCAAACAUGGGAUGCACAUGUUCUUACCCCGGGGUGGCACAUCGACAUCCGGCCUCGCCCUCCACCUAAUUCAUCGCAUUGGCUAGGAGUACUGUAGCUGAAAAAAAAAACAGUUAAAGGGCUAUGUGGCCCGACGGGUGAGUUUAAUGACAGGCAUGAUUCAUAUAUGACGGGUUUUGGAGGAUUAGGAAUUUAAGUCUGGGACUAAUUUAUUUGCCCAAAUAUUUCUAUGCUAGAGAACAACCUAUACCAGUAUCAACCUUUCAAACAUUAAAAUACUUUACUACCAACCCUGUUCCAGGCGCUACGUUAACGAGUCAGCCCCUAAACAGACCAUACUACAGGAUUUAUAACCUUAGGUUCGCACGGGUUUGACUUACAGUCGGUGACAGGAAUGUUCCAUUCAUUGUCCUACUGCACUCAUAUGUAUGAGCCUCUGAACAACCUGUAUCCUAUACCGUCGCCGACAGCUUGGAGUCUUUUUCUGGGUCAAGUUGUCUUUCAAUAGGAACUUUGAAACGAUCGUGGCUUAUUAUUCAGCGUGCGAUUACUUCCGCAACGUGGUUAAAGUCUUUUAGUUAUCAAUCGUCCUAAUCACACUUCUUUCAACUCAUCUUUCACUUGCUCUGUAUUCCAGGCUUUAUCUUAGUGAUCCGUUACGCCGAAUCCAACUGGAAUAAACGGCACCUACGAUAGUAGAGCUGUGAGAACCUUGAGCGCUUGGGCGCAGGAAUGUCAUGGCCGUUUCCUGAUCCCGUACUAGGAAGAUCCCCUCAGCCCAUGAUCUCCAUAAUCCUAAGCAACUUCACAUUCUCGCAUCCCUGACUCCUGUCUUCAGAUCAAUACGUUAGCAAGAUUGAUUGUGCGGUUUGACUUAAUCAGAUAAACAUUUGGGACGGAUGGGCCUGCGUUCGGGAUCGCUGCUCUGUGACAAAUGUUGGAGCACUGUCUUUACGUUUG